GUUAUACCUCGAUAUGGAGUACCUGAAGUAAUUGACUCGGACAGAGGAACGCAUUUUGUGUCAAAAAUUGUUAAAGAUCUAACAGAAAGCUUGGGUAUCAAGUGGGAAUACCAUACACCAUGGCAUCCACAAAGUUCAGGAAAAGUUGAAAGGAUGAAUGGAGAAAUUAAAACUAUUUUGACUAAACUAAUGAUAGAAACCAAAUUAUCAUGGAUUAAAUGCCUACCUAUGGCACUAUUAAUUCUCAGAACCAGACCCCGAGCAGAUGUAGGAAUAUCAGCGUUUGAAAUGGUGUAUGGAAUGUCCUACAGAAUUGAAAGCCCACAAACAAAUGUUUUAAUUAGAGACCGUGUGAUUAAUGAAUAUGUUUCACAAUUAGCAGAACAUCGUAACCAGCUUUGGGAACAUGGACUGAUUGUGCAACGACCCCCGUUGGACUUAAAAAUACACAAAGUUAAACCUGGGGAUUGGAUAUUGAUUAAAGUGUGGAAGGAAGAAACCCUAAAACCCAAUUGGGAGGGACCUUAUCUCGUUUUGUUGACAACAGAAACAGCUGUCCGGACUGCUGAGCGUGGAUGGACUCAUGCCAGCCGCAUUAAAGGCCCAGUGACGAGACCCCACUGGAAAGUAAUCAGUACUCCAGUUCAAGCUGCAAAGUGGGAAGCCUAUGUAAACAGGCAGAAAUCCCGAAACAGCUGUUCUCCUGAAGAAUUCCCUUGCUGCCGAGAAGAUGAUGCACCCCGUGACUCGGAGCAGCCGAGUCGACGGGCGAGGCAGAAGAGGAACAGACUGUGGAGAAAAAAAUCAGAACAAUGGGAUGCAAAAGCAGGAACAACAGAGCUUCCCCGGGAUUGGUAAAAAUUUACAUAAAUUGGUAAAAUUGACAGACACCCUUUUUCCUGGUAUACCGUUAGUCUUCAUAUUGAUAAUAACCCUGGCAGAAGGGGGAAACCCACAUGAACCAUUCAAGUGGGAACUAAUAUCUUGGGAAGGAACGAGAACAAUAGCCACUUUUAGCGACAUAGGUCCACCAGAGUUCAUAGUAAAACUUUGUGAUUUAGUACCAAUACAUUGUGGAAAGGGACCUCCAUUUUAUAUAUGCCCGGCUUCUGGACCGUCUUACUGUAAUUAUCCCGGACAUUAUUAUUGUGGCUAUUGGGGAUGUGAAACAAUAGCCUCGGGCUGGUCAGUAAAGGCCCCUGAUAAAUAUAUAAAAGCAACCUGGACUCCUAAUGGAUGUGUACCUGAGCAAACAGGUGUAGAUCUUACAGGUCUGCGGGACAUGGGUUAUGUGGCUUCACGAGACAGGGAAGUCUGUACCCGCAUCAAAUUUCAAGUAAUACAGCCCUUAGGAGACAAGUGGUUAGUAGGACUAACAUGGGGAAUACGUGUCUAUGGAGGAAUUCCUAAAGACGGGGGAGGGCAUUUUCUCAUAAGAAAAGUUAAAAUACCACAUGAUCCACUCCCUGUUGGGCCGAAUAAAGUAUUGAAUUCACCCAUUUCCCCGACGAAAAAGAUAGUCCCCGCAAGUGUUACAACCACUUGUCCAAACCCCUUAUCGAUAACAAAUAGAACAGCUAAUGACGUGGUGAUUGGUAGGGAUUCAGGUGUGCUGAAACCCAAAGACCCUUUAUGGGAUUUAAUGCAAGCCUCUUAUCGUGCCCUUAAUGAAAGCAAACCAAAUUUAACCAAGGAAUGCUGGUUAUGUUAUAAUGUUAGACCACCAUAUUUUGAGGCGAUUGGAAAAUCAGAUAAGAUUCAAUGGUCCAGAGGUUCAAACCCACGAGAAUGCCCAUGGAAUGACCAAAAAAACCAUACGCAGGGAAUUACUAUUCAAUUAGUAACAGGUCAAGGAAAAUGUAUUGGUACAGUGCCCAAAAAUUAUCAGCCUUUGUGCAACCAAACGACAAUAAUCACUACAAAAACCAUAAAUAAACACAAGAAUAGAAAAGACAAAUGGGCUAUCCCGACACCAGGAGCUAAAUGGGUUUGUUCAGACAUCGGAGUAACGCCUUGCCUAUCCCUAAAUCUGUUUGACCAAUCUCAGUUCUGCGUACAGGUGAUAAUUGUUCCUCGUCUAAUCUAUCACACUUCUGAGGAAGUGUUACGCCACUUUGAAGGAGACCUGAAUAUACAAAAACGAGAACCAAUUACAGUGGUAACCUUAGCUACACUGCUAAUAGCGGGGGGAGUCGGAGCAGGUACAGGCAUAGCCUCCCUAGUAAAAAGUCAGGAAUUACAAAGUUUACAGACGGCUGUAGAUGAAGAUUUAGCAAAAAUAGAACAAUCUAUCCAAAAUUUAGCCACUUCAGUAAAGUCUUUAUCGGAAGUAGUGCUGCAAAAUAGAAGAGGGUUAGAUUUAUUAUUCCUAAAAGAGGGGGGGUUAUGCGUAGCGAUAAAUGAAGAAUGCUGCUCUUUUGCUGACCAUACGGGAGUAGUUCAGGACACUAUGUCUGAACUCCGAAAAAGGUUAAAUCAACGUAGAAAGGAUCGGGAGGCGGGUAGGACAUGGUAUGAAAAUUGGUUUAAUGUUUCACCUUGGCUAACCACCUUGCUGUCUGCCUUAGCAGGACCGCUUAUUAUAUUGAUUCUGGGACUUAUAUUCGGGCCUUGUAUAUUACGCUGUAUAGUACACGAUAUUAAAAAACGAUUUGACAUAGCUAAACUGCUAAUUUUAACUACGAGGUCGGGGGAAAAAUAUAAAAAUGCAUCUAUUAAUGAGAAGGAAGAUUGUUGCGAAUGUGUUAUACCACGAGGGGGCUAUGCCUAUUGUAAUUGUGAAGUAUUACCAUGUGAGUGUAAUGAUAAAUGUUGGGAUUGUGGAAAAAGGUUUAUUUACAGUGCCGAGAAUGAAAGCAACGUCUAAUAAACAAUAAUAGUAUAAAGAGAAGAAGGGGGGAAAUUGUGAGAAACUACAGAUUGAGAUAUUGUUUAUUAAGAUAUACGUAAAGGUUAGACAAUUGUGAGAAACUACAGAUUGGGAUAGUGUUUAUUAAGAUAUAUAUAAAGGUUAGACAAUUGU